UAAACCAUAAAAUAUAUAUGACCAUAGACAAUGCUUAGAGAUAACUCGCCGUUCUAUAUUUUUAAAUUGAUUUUCCAAGUAAAGUAGGAAAGAGUUUAUCUUAUUUUUUAUAUCCCGAUUUACUAAUAAAUGUUGCGAAAAUGAAUUCCAACGAAAAAAAUAAGUCAUUCAAAUCAUUUAUUCUCAUCACUGUCAUACAAGUGCUCAGCGCAUAUUAUCUGUAUCGCUUUUUCUUCGUACCACCUGAUAUGCCAGCACUUGACACUGAACAAUGGUGGGGCCCGUACCCUAUGGACUUGGACCACGAUAAAUCAAUAAGACCGCUAACGAUAGAAUUUUCUGAUGUGAUGAUAAACGAUCUACGCGAGCGACUUCUCCACCGAAGACCCCUACAGCCACCCUUAGAAAAUGUUGGAUUCACAUACGGCUUCAACCCAAGAUAUUUAAACCAAAUAAUGGAGUAUUGGCAUAACAAAUACAACUUUAAAGAGAGGGAACAGUUUUUGAACCAAUACGAUCACUUUGUAACCAAUAUCCAGGGUUUGGACAUACAUUUCAUGCAUAUAAAACCUAAGAACAUUGCUGGUCUUGAGGUGGUUCCUCUAAUCAUGCUGCAUGGAUGGCCCGGUUCAUUCAGGGAAUUCUAUGAUGUCAUCCCAUAUUUAAUGGCAGAACAGCCAGAACAAAAAAUCGCUUUUGAAAUCAUCGUGCCAAGCUUACCCGGUUUUGGUUACUCACAGGCCUCGGUGAGACCAGGUUUGGGUCCAGCUGAAAUGGCGGUGAUCAUCAACAAUCUCAUGAAGAGGAUCGGCCAUGAUAAAUAUUACAUACAAGGUGGAGACCUAGGGCACACUGUUGGCUCCAUCAUUGCUACUGCAUUCCCUGAAAACGUAUUAGGAUUUCACACAAAUUUCCCAGUGCUUCUAUCUCAUAGAGCUGCUCUCUUAUAUAUAACUUGUGGCUCUUUGAUUCCAUCUCUAAUUGAAACGAAAGAAUUGCAACCCCGCCUGUACCCGCUAUCCGAGCACUGGUCUAGACUCAUUGAGGAGUCAGGGUACAUGCACAUUCAAGCCACAAAACCCGAGACUGUCGGUGUGGGACUAUCAGACUCGCCAGCAGGCCUAGCAGCCUACAUUCUAGAAAAGUUUUCAACUUGGACAAAUCCUGAUAACAAGAAGGCCGGUGACGGAAACCUCUUGAAGAAGUUCUCUUUGAAUCAGCUAUUGGAUAAUCUGAUGAUAUACUGGGCCACUAACACUGUCACAACCAGCAUGAGGGUGUAUGCUGAAUCAUUUAAUGAAAAACAAAACUUUCUUAUUUUCGACAGGAUACCAACAAAUGUUCCGACGUGGGGUAUAAAAUUCAAGUAUGAACUGAUGUACCAACCGGACACAGCAUUAAGUUUCAAAUACAAGAAGUACUUGCAGAGCACUGUGGUGGAGGACGGUGGUCACUUCGCUGCCAUGGAAUAUCCUGAAUUGAUGGCCAAAGAUAUCAUACAAGCUGUGAUUAAAUUUCAAAAAUUUUGGAAUUUCGAAAAACAAGAAUCUAACGAAACGCCGCCUCUCCACGAGACCGCGAGAACAGUAUACGAAUUUACAGUUAAAUCAAUAAACGGACGCGACGUCAAGCUGUCAGAUUACAAAGGGAACGUGCUGCUCAUUGUCAAUGUAGCCUCUCAGUGCGGCCUUACGGCCACCAACUAUCAACAACUCAACGAGCUACACGAAAAGUACCACCAGAAAGGUCUACGUAUACUGGCCUUCCCGUGCAACCAGUUCAACGGCCAAGAACCAGGUACAGCUAAGGACAUUCUGAACUUCACAAAAGACAGAGGCGUUAAAUUUGAUCUGUUUGAAAAAGUCGAUGUGAACGGUGACAACGCGCAUCCGCUUUGGAAGUUUCUGAAGAAGGCGCAGAGCGGGACGAUUGGUGAUUUUAUCAAGUGGAACUUUAGUAAGUUCGUAGUCGACAGAAACGGCGUGCCCGUCGAGAGAUACGCGCCGCAUGUCAAUCCACUGGAUCUGGAAAAGGAUUUGGCCAAAUAUUGGUAAUACAAAUGUCGUUAGACAUAUUUUUUUUUUUUAAUAUAGCAUUUUAAUAUGUGCCAAACAUUAUCUAAUUAAUAUAUUUUUGUGAUCGAGUUCAUGACAGCUUAAAAGCUAAUAAACGUAAUAUAUAUUAAAUCCGAAAAUCGUCUUUUCGCAUUAAAAGUGUACAAUUUCUAAAAAUAUUCGAAAUUGAGUUAAUAUGCGGAAUCAUUUGGUAGCCUUAGUAUUUUUCUCAUAAAUACUGUCAAAAGAGCGUAGUUUCGUUUUUUUUUUUUUAGUUUACCUAUAGUUUAACUACUAUUAACAAAAUUAAUAUGUACAUAAUUUUAUCUUACUUUAAAAGACAGAUAUUGUAACUGGUAAAAACUAAAAAAUAAAUGUUACAAAGAUGAUUAAUAUUAAAAAUAUCAUAUGUUAAACCUUUAAAACACUCUCCUGUUAAAUUUAGUAAGUUUUUAGAUUAAACAGUUUUAAUGCGAGAAGACGAAAUAUAUCCCAAAAAGGAAUUAAUGUCAUCCAAAGUUCUACCGGACUACCUAUAGGGGGAUCCAAAUACCCCAUAAUGCCAGAUGACACACAUUCAUUUGACAUAUUCAUGUUUUGUGUAAUAAUUGCUCAGUAUGUAUUUAUAGAGUGAAACAAUUAUAAGUUUUACUUAUUAGUAUUAAUUAAGGAUAACAAUUACAAAUAAAGAUUAAUUAAAAUAGUAAUCAAAAAUUUGUUAAAAUAUUUUGCUUUAAAUUGAUAGGUUUUUGACCUGUUAAACAAUAUAAUAAAUUAUUAUAUAUAUUUACUAACAAUCACGCCACAUUAACUGGUCCCGUGAUAAGUUCGUAAAGAACUUGUGUUACAGGUACCAGAUAACGGAAAUAAAUGUAAAAUUUUUAUUAUACACCUACAUAAAUUUAAUAUACCUCCAUAACCCUGGAAAAGACAUUUAUAUUUAUCAUACAAAUAUCUUCCCUUGGCGGGAUUCGAACCCGCGACCCCCGUAUGUAGUGACCAUGUCACUUACCACUACACCAGACGGCCGUUAUAUAUAUGUAUAGUAUCUACAUGAUAAGGAUAAAAUGAGAUUUUUUGUCAAAAAUGCAUCAUUAAGGACGUAUGUGUUUGUGCAGGCUUUUUUUUUACUUAAUAGUAUAUUCGAAUUUUGAUCGUUAUCAUAAUGAUGAUAGUAAAUAUAGUAUACACGUGCUUUUAAGGUUUUUGUUAUAUAUAAUUUAUUUUUAUUUUAUUUGAGUCGACUAUUAUUAAAGCCGGCAAUGUGACUUUUGGAUAAUUAUUGGUAAAUCAGAAAAACGAAUUAUUGACUUUGUAUUCCAUUGGCAGUCACAAAACUCUUCUGAUCGACAUCUUAGAUAAAUAACAGGUUAAGUAUUAACCUUUAUUUAAUGCAGGUUUUGAAUCGUAUUCUUUGAAGGAGACGAUUAUAUUCAAAUCAAUCUGUAUUGAAAUAUCAAUAAAUUUUUUUUGUCCAAAUGCACAGAUUGCCACCUUUGAUAAUAGACGACUCAUUUGUUUUAUCUUGUCUCUGAGUUGUACUUGUUACCUUAAAAUUUGUGUCAAACAUCAUAAGUCUUAUUUAAAUGUAUACAAUUGUUUUUUUAAUAAAUAAUAAUGGUGUACAUGUCAAUGGGAAAUAAAUGUAAAGCUGGUAACACAUCUUGUCUGGUCUUAGUUUGAAUCAAUACUUUAUGGUAUUAAACAUAGGGAUAGUUUAUGUACGUGAAUAAAGCAAGCAUUAUAGUUAUUUUUGGGUAGAAAUUAUUGUUUUAUCGUAAUUUUUUUAGCCAACUAUUAACCAUUUUACUGUUAUUGACAUUUUUUUCAGGAUUAACAUGUUUUUUCUUGUAAAUGUUAAUAAAGUACCAAAAAAAAACCAAAUUUAAUACAAUCUUAAAUAUAUGUUAUUGUUAUUGAUACACAGAAACUGUUUGAUUUUCAAACAAAAGCUAGUCUGUAAUGUCUGCUCAGAAACAUGUUUGCUUCGAAGAUUGUCUUCAUGGUUUGAUUAUUGACAAAACUUUAAUUUUUGAUAUUAUUUUCGAGCUAAUCUUGUGUUAGAUUUAUUAUUCAUUACGACUGUAACACGAUGUAAUUAUCGUGUUGGUAGGGCUGUGUUUAUAAAGAAAAUCAAGAAUUAUCAAUUAACGUAAAACUGCAUUUUUGCAAUUAACAUUUUAGUUUAUAAGACUAAGUAGAGAAAAGCAAUUAUAAAUAAGUAACAUUUAUUAUUAUAAUAGCAUAAAGAUACAAUCACAUUAAUGCAAUUUUAAAUAAACUUUAAUAGUUCAUAACAA